UACCAUACCAGUGGGCUUCUUUCCCUUCUUUCCUCUCAGUCCUGCUCAGUCGUAACCGUGGGAAAUAUGGAAAACAAUCUCACAAUUGUUAAGGAAUUUGAAGACCUUGCUAGACAAGCCUUGCCAAAAAUGUACUAUGAUUACUUUCGGGGAGGAGCCGAGGAUGAAUUCACAUUGAGAGAGAAUGUUGAAGCAUUUCAAAGAAUUAGGUUAAAUCCAAGGGUUCUCAUAAAUGUGAGUAGUAUAAAUAUGUCAACAUCUUUGCUCGGAUUCAAGUUAUCUGCUCCCAUACUUGUUGCCCCCACCGGAGGACAAAAGUUCGCACAUCUUGAAGGAGAGGUGGCAACGGCUAGAGCCGCUGCAGCAUGCAAUACAAUAAUGGUUUUGUCAUUUGCAUCUAGCUGCACUAUCGAAGAGGUUGCUUCCAGCUGCAAUGCUGUCCGUUUUCUUCAGCUAUAUGUAUAUAAGCAGAGAUAUGUUUCAGCAAAGGUUGUACAAAGAGCCGAGAGCUGCGGAUUCAAGGCCAUUCUUUUGACUGUGGAUACUCCGAGACUAGGACGAAGAGAAGCAGACAUUAAAAAUAAGAUGGUUGCAAUAAAGUUAGGAAACCUUGAGGGCUUGCUGUCAGUUGAUGUUAAUGAUGAAGGUAGUUCUAACCUCCAAGCAUUUGCGAAUGGAACUCUUGAUCCUUCUCUGAGUUGGAAGGACAUUGCAUGGCUCAAAUCUAUCACAAAAUUGCCAAUCCUGAUUAAGGGUAUCCUUACAGCAGAAGAUGCUAGGAAGGCUGUAGAAUUUGGAGUCUCAGGGAUAGUUGUGUCAAAUCAUGGUGGCCGGCAGCUUGACUAUGUGCCAGCCACAAUAUCUGUUCUUGAAGAGGUGGUUCAAGCCGUUUCUGGUGCAGUUCCUGUCCUAGUUGAUGGAGGUGUCCGACAUGGAACUGAUAUUUUCAAAGCCAUAGCCCUCGGAGCGAAAGCUGUAAUGGUUGGCAGACCAAUUGUCUAUGGAUUGGCUGCAAAGGGAGAGUUGGGGGUGAGAAAUGUAAUUGGGAUACUAAAGAAUGAGCUGGAGCAAACAUUGGCUCUUGCAGGUUGUCCCAGUGUGGAAGAUAUCUCCAGAAUGCAUGUCCAAACCCCAGCUGAUAGGUUAAGAUCUUUGAUUUAAUGGCCUAUCUGUAACCCUAUUAUGAGACGUUUGUAUUUGGCUACAGGAAGGAUUAGACGAUAGUAGGAUUUAGUAAAUCCGGACCUUAAAUCCAAAUUUCGUACAUCUAUAGAACUUGUGCUUUUUUAUAUUUGACGAUAAAUCAUGUUAACAGGACGCUACCAAACACCCCCAUAGAAGAGAAAAAACAAACGUAUGCGCACGAGUUUAGGAUGUUUGUGCUCCCACUUAUAAUGUUAAUAUUGAAGAGACAAUGCAAACACAAAUCAA